CUGCCCCAGGUGAGGGGCUGAGCCGUGAGGCUGAAGGCACCUGCCCCAUGGAGCUUGACCUGGACACUCUGGACAGCCUCAUCUCGGACCUGGCUGACACCAUCUUCUCCAGCCGCAACCCGUAUGGGGGGCCCAACCCCCGUGGCCAUGCUCACCAAGGCAAUGCAGACAUGAUCCAGCCCACCCUGACCCAGCUGCACCCCAACUUUGGAGAGGAUUUCAUGGACACCCUGGACCCCAUUCAUGCAAGCGGCCUGGCCAGCUCUCCCUGGGGGGCCGCCAGCCCCAGCCUCCAGCGGCUCAGCUGUGUCUCCUCUGUCGCCUCUAGCUCCUCUGACUCUCUGAAACUCCUCCUGUCUGUCACUCAUGUAGCUGCUGCCAAGAAAGAUUUCUUUGCCCCCUGUCGCCCUCAGCCUGUGACCCAGGCCUCCACGCUGCUGCCAGCCGCUUCCCCACUGGGCUCUCCAUCCAGCACUUGUGAUCUGGACGUGACCCCCAGCACCAAGGAACUGCCCCUCCCAAGCAACUCCCUCACCCCCCUUCCCUUCCCCCUGGAGCUAGAGCCCCUCACACCCCUAAGUGGGGACCAGACCUUCUUGCCACUCUUCCCCACCUCCCCGCUGCGGGUCAGCCCGUCCCCACCCAGCCCUGCCAUGCAGCAUCUCCAGCCUGCCCUCCUGUUCUCCGUCAUCACCCAUACGGCCGCUGAAAAGCCCCCUUCUCCCACCCCUGGCAUGGAUGCUCAACACCCUCCUUCCCCUGGGGGCACCUUUGCUGUGCCUGUGUCUGGCCCCCCACCCAAGGGCGGAAGGUCCCGGCAGCUACAGAACAUUGCCCCAGCACCCACCUCCAGCCAGACUCUGGCUUCCCCCAGUACCUUCCUUACCCGCCUGCUCAUAGCAGGUCCAUCUCUACAGCCCCUCGCUCCAGCCAGGAACUCUUCUCAGGUUUGCAGCCUCCCUGAGCUCACCUCAGACAUCCAGCUGAUGAAGAGGCCCACUCACCCUUGCUCUGCCACAGCCCCUUUGGGUGCUGAUGCCAAGGCCAAGGACAGAACCCAGCUCAGGGGACCCCACACUCCUCGCCAGCCCUGCAGCCUCCCCCACACCAAGGGCAACCGACAAGCCGGCUUUAACUCCGCUGACCACGCCCGGCGCAUGAACAUCAGCUGCGCCUUCGACACUCUCGCCAGCCUGGUGCUGCCAGGCCCUGCCCAGCCCAGUGUCAAGCUCAGCAAGGCCAUGCUCCUGCAGAGGAGCGUGAUGUACGUGGAGCGGCUGCAGCAGGAGCGCCGGCAGGUGCAGGAGAUGGCUCGAUGCCUGCGGGGCGAGAUUGAGGAGCUGAGCGCUGCCAUUGGGGAGUUCCAGCGCCAGCUGCCCCCCAGCGGGGCCCCGGUGGCAUCGCCGCGCUCAGAUCACACGGCCCAGCUGUAUGACGACUACGUGCGCCAGCGCACCCUGCAGAACUGGCGCUUCUGGCUCUUCAGUGUGCUCAUCAAGCCGCUGUUCGAGAGCUACCGGGGGGCAGUGAGCACCAGCAGUGCCAAGGAGUUCUGCCAGUCGGUGCUGGACUGGCUGGAGCAGCCCUGCGCCCUGCCCAUGCUGCGUCCUGCUAUCUCCAGCUCCCUCCUGCAGCUCAGCAAGCUCACGGCCAUCCUGACCCAGCCCUCGCGCCUCCCCGAGCAGGCCCUACAGGCCGUUGGCCGCCCCCCGCAUGGCAAGGGCCACAGCUAGUGGGUGCCAUGGUGCUGUGCCAAGACA